GUUACGCAAGCAGUCCAACUGGCUACGCACGGACAAAAGCCAGACCUAUAAUUACUGCGUACUUUUUCACUGUUUCUGCCUCAAAGUGACGCCAAGAUGCCGCACACGGAACAAAUCUACAAGACCUACACUGAACACCCAGACCCGGUGAAGGCAGUUAUAAAAGGUAAUUUUCCCAAAUGGCUGUCAGGCGGUUUGGUGCGGAACGGGCCGGGCAUGUUCGAUAUCGGGGAGGACAAGAUCAGCCACUGGUUCGACGGACUCGGCCUCAUGCACCGCUUCAACUUCAAGGACGGGGAGGUGACAUAUCGCUCCAAAUACCUGCGGGGUGAUACAUACGAGCGGUGUAUGAAGGAGAACAGGAUUGCCUUCACUGGCUUCGGAGCCGUGCACUACCCAGACCCCUGCAAGAACAUCUUCAGGCGAUUUCUGUCGUACUUCGAAAUGGAAGAACCGACGGACAACUGCAACGUGAACUUCCUGAACAUCGGGGAUGACUACUAUGUCUGCACAGAGACCAGGAUCAUGAGAAAAAUCGACAUAGAGACCUUGGACACAAAGGAGAAGGUUGAUGUGUCAAACUACGUCACUGUGCAAGUGUCCACAGCACAUCCUCACUAUGGAUUGGAGGACGGGUCAACCUUCAACAUGGGCUCCCAGUACGGGAAGCAAGGUUCCUACAACAUCAUCAAGGUUCCUCGUCCGGACAAAGGCCAGAAGGACAGUAUGGAAAAGGCUGAAAUUCUCUACAAAAUCCCUGCCACAUCCCCCAGAGCACCAUCUUACUACCACAGCUUUGGCAUCACGGACAACUACAUCGUCUUUGUGGAACAGCCGCUAACAAUGAACCUCUUGAGGCUUUUUACUGCAAGAAUCCGAGGCGUGGGAAUGAACACCUGCUUUGACUAUUCCUCCACAACUCCAGCUCGUUUCCAUCUUGUGAACCGUGAGACAGCCGAGCACAUUUCCACACAGUAUCUGGCAGACUCCUUCUUCGUGUUUCACCACAUCAACGCAUACGAAGACAACGGGAACGUCGUGGUUGACCUUUGUGCCUACACUGAUGACACCAUCAUGAACAGCCUGUACAUGGUGGAUCUCAGGAAGUCUGGAGAGGAGGGUGCCAAACUGUGGCGGGAAAGGAUGCCAAAUGUCUACCCAAGAAGAUAUGUGCUUCCCCUCAAUGUCACUGAGGACACCCCACAGGGAGAGAACCUUGUGAAGCUGGACUACACCCAGGCCACUGCAGUACUGCAGGAGGACGGUAGUGUGCACUGUAUCCCUGAUGACCUGAUCAACAACCAAGACGUACCCGGAUAUGAAGCCCCCAGUGUGAACUACUGGAAGUACAGUGGAAGAAAGUACCAGUACGCCUAUGGACUGUGUGUCCAUGACAGGAGCACUGUGAUGAACAAGCUGGUUAAGCUUGACGUGAGGAAUAAGAAGUUGGUGGGGUUCUGGCACCAGGAGGACAUGUACCCGUCUGAACCCAUCUUCAUCGCUUCUCCUGAUUCCAAAGCCGAGGACGACGGCGUGAUUGUGUCUGCCGUGACCAGCGUCCUUCCUGACAAACCCGGGUUCCUGCUGGUCGUGGACGCCAAAACGUUCACGGAGGUCGCGCGGGCAGAGGUGCCCAUCGACGUGCCCUGGGGCAUCCACGGUACCUACACCCCCCCGCAGAACAAGGAAUAGGCAGGGACAGACGGCGCUGCAAUAUUUCACAGGGGCCAUACUUAUCUAAAAUGUGUUUCAUAGCAAUGAAUACCAAAUACGAGAAUAACUGAGUGAGUGAGUGAGUGAGUGAGUGAGUGAGUGAGUGAGUGAGUGAGUGAGUGAGCAAAUGAAUGAUUGAAUAAAUGAAUGAAAAGAUUGCCUAUGUGCCAACCAUAUUAUUCCCCAUCCUAGAUAUAACGUUAACAUAGAUAAGUUGAAAAAGCUAUAACAAAGGUAGAAAUAAAACAAGAUCUAACAAAAGAUAUAUGAAAGAUUUUAAUUGAGGCUUAUCAAAGUCACAACAUGCA